UUCCUCUAUAGCUUGGAAACAAUCAUUUAGCUUUUCUUUUCCAGUACAAUGUUUUCAAUUAUUUCAGCUUCAAGUUUGUCCAGAUUGUGCUAAAGUAGACAUUCAUGGUCCCACUCUUCAGUACGCAAUUCAUUUCAAUUUUAGGUGUAACAAAAUAUAAGACAGAGUAGAUAUUUUCAUCAGUAUACUGUAUACCAACUUGCUCACAAGCUGAACACAUCAAAUUUCUAAACUUGUUUCUGGAAGAUGAAUUCUUAGGCCAAAUUCUUGAGAUCCAUGUCAAAUCCAGAAAUUGAAUUUGUUUCUGUUGUUUUGGGCUGAAUAGAGAAUAUAUGCAAGUAGGGACAAAAUUUUAGCAUAGAAAUACAAAAAAGUUAAUCGAUCAGAGAGGUUGAUCUAUAUGUAGUAGAAAAUUUUGGACAUGAUGGCUUCUGCCGCUGGUGCUGGUUCUUCAAGCUUGGAUCGCCUUGAUUCUGCACUGAGAGGCAUAAAAUAUCCCUCGGAGAUCCUGUCAAAACUCAAAGAUGAUUGGAGAUUUUUGGGAAAAAUUUGGAAAUCCACUCAUAAGGGGAGUGGUCAUGCUGCCACAGAUGAGAAGAAUUUGGCCUUCUACCCCAAGAUCGAAGCUACAGCUGAGGAGAUUGCCCAGAAACUUAUUCAUUUCCGUGAAGAAAUGAUGGUGAAUGAUGACCAGGUAAAAGAUGAAGAAUUCCUAAACGAACUGGCCCUUGAUUGUGCAACAAAAACCAAGCUCUUGAUUGCUGAAGUUGAAGAAGCUCUUGACCAUUUGUACUUGAUGUGGUCAGGAGGGAUCAGCAGCAGCAGCUCAUUCGGAUUGCUGAAGGCGAAAGCUCUUGAUGUCUCCUUUUGCAAUGAUUUCUUUGCAUAUGUACUAUCAACUAUGUCCGCAGUCGAGAAUAUGGCAGUGUAUCUUGUAUGGGACCAUUUCAGUUCGUUGUAUGGUAGUAUAUAUUGGACCCGAUGGUACCUUGUUUCAAUGGUACAACAUAUUCUUCAUCGUCACCGUGCUAGGAAUCGACAGGGACUGCAGAGUUUUGAUCCUUGCGUUGGCUCUCGUGGACUGCCUAGUUUUGAUGCUUGCGUUGGCCAUGUUUUGUCCGUGGCCCUACGAAUCGCAAACCGGUGUCGUGAUUACUGGUUAAAUUACAAGACAGGCCGAAUCCAAGUGAUGAGAAGAGGGCUGAUUGAGUUCCUAGUGGAUUUGCACAGUGAAAUUCAUCCAAGCAAUCCCAAGUUCAUGGGUUUCCAUCUCAACUUCCUUAUGGCUCUCUGCUGUGCUGAGGUGGUUGCGAUUAAGGAUUUGCUGGGGAGCUUUUGCUUGUGUGUCUUCUCUGGUAAAGAUGGAUAUUUUCGAGAUGAGGUGUUUUUCCUAUUAAAACUUUUUCUCUACACCACUUCUGUACUAGAUGAUGAGGACACAGCACGAAGUUUCAUUCCAGAAACUCAGGCUGUGCUAGUAGAGAUCACAUCUCUAUUCGAGUCAACUGGUCGAAAGGAGCAUGAACUAGCCAACUCACCUCGGUUUUCUGAGUUACUUACGAAGAUUUGUCUUCUCGAGGCAGAGCUUUUCCUCGUGGCGCAAAUCCAUAGCAUGAAAAGCAAUACAAACGCUUCUUCCCUUUCCUCCAUCAUGUUUCCCGAUUUUAAAGAUAUCAUGGACCACUGUAGACAAAUCCCCAGUAGACUGCGCAGAUAUUCUGAGAAGUUGCCCCCAGAAACAAGAUUAGAUAGGAAAAAGUUGUUGGCACUGAUUGAAUCAACAUUCAAGGAGGAAAAAUCUCUUCAUGAGUCAUCUAGGCAGAAGGAAAUCACAGCAUCUGUGGUGAAAAACUCACUUCUGCUACUUCGUUUUAAGAUUGUGAUUUUCAAGGGAGGGUCGUUUCUGAAGGAGCUAUUACUUCUGAAGAGCAGGAAUGAUAAAAGGCUUAUGGCUCAUGAGAAAGAUCAAACUAAACUUUUCGUUCAGAAGCUCGAGUGUAUCGCACUAAUUCUCUCAGAUGAAAGAAUUAAGGACAGAGAGGACGUAUUAGGAGCAAUUGGAGAAUCUUUUCAGAGGCUGACAUAUUUCUCUUACUAUUUCCUCAACACACAAGAUGAAAUGACCAACCUUUCAUUUUCUGAGCUGUUAGAUAAGGAGACACAUUUGAUCAAGGCAAAGCUCAUGGAUUUUAUUCCUAAAUUUCCAGAGUUUAAUUUCCCAAAAACUUCCAGACUGCAGUCUCUUGAUUUUCUUGGGAGGAAGCUCAGGGAGCUGCUGAAAUAUAAUUCUGCAUCAACUGCAUUGGCGAAGCUCCACAUGGAAGAGAUUCAAAUACACCUCCAGAAUAUUUCGCAGUUGGACAUUGAGGAGCAUCCAAAGAUAGAAAAUCUCGUUGACCGAUUCACUGAUUUGGCAUAUAAGGCGGAGUACAUAAUUGAUUCAAUUGAGGUUGAUGCUCAAUGGCUGCAUUUCUUCUGGUUGGACAAUGUGCUGGAUGAGUUAAGACUUCUUAGCGAGAAGGCUAGAGGAAUUCAUUUGACAACCCCUGAUACGGAAGUCCAAGAUUCCAAGAAUGUCACCCAGGUUUCAGUUGACAAGUUAUCAACAAAAAAUACACCAGCAAUUGACGAAAUUGUGGUGGAUCUCAGUAACAGAGAAAAUGAAAUUCUCAACCAGUUGACUAGAGGAUCCUCAAAGCUGGAUAUUGUUUUUAUUGCUGGAAUGCCUGGUUUAGGCAAGACAACGUUGGCGAGGAAGGUGUACAGCAGUCUUAAAGUCAUGCGUCACUUCCAUCUUCGUGCAUGGUGCUCUGUUUCCCCAGAAUAUGAGAAAAGGAGAUUGUUGCUCGAAAUUCUAACAGGGAUUCAUGGGCUUACAGAAGAGAUUCGCCAAAUGAGGGAUGAAGAUCUCCAAGAUAAAUUGCGUAAGUUGUUACUGAAAAACAAGUAUCUCAUAGUUAUGGACGACGUUUGGGGUAUUGGAGCUUGGAAUGACUUGAAAAACUCAUUCCCAGAUGAUGCAAAUGGAAGUCGAAUACUGUUCACCAGUCGCCUCCACAGAGUGGCCUCGGAAAUUAAACAAGAGAGUCCUCCUCUUUCUCUUAGCCUUUUUUCUCAUGAGGAAAGUUGGCAGCUGUUAGAAAAGAAGGUAUUCAAGGAAGAAUGUUGCCCCAGUGAGCUGCAGGGAGUCGGAAAGGAAAUUGCUUACCACUGUCAAGGAUUGCCUCUUGCUGUUGUUGCGGUUGCUGGUAUACUGAAAACGACAGAAAAAAGCCAAAAUUCGUGGCAAACAAUCGCAGAUAACUUGAGCUCACAAAUAAUUGAUAAUCCCGAAGCACAGUGCAAAGAAGUCUUAGAUCUCAGCUACAAACACUUGCCGGAAUAUCUUAAACCAUGCUUUCUAUAUUUGGGAGUUCUUAAUGAAGGCAGAGAUAUUCUUGUCAGGAAGUUGAUGUUGCUUUGGAUCGCAGAAGGUUUCAUACCAGAAACUAAGAAGGGCUUUGAAGAUGUGGCCGAGGCUUUCUUGAUGGAUCUAAUUGACAGAAGCUUGGUGAUAAUCUCCAAAAGAAGAUCCAACGGCAAAGUUAGAGCAUGUCGCCUCCAUGAUCUUGUCCUUGAUUUCUGUAAGUCUAAAACCGACGAUGAGAAAUUCUUUCAGCUGAUAACCAGGUCUGACAAUCCAUAUGCUUCUUUUCCUAGUACAGAUUAUGGUUUUGAAUUUGAUUUUUACCGUCAUUCAUCCCCCGUUUCAUUUGCAUCCUAUCGGUUGGCUAUAUCUUUGAAGAGAAGCCACUUUAUUGAAUCAAAACCUUCUGGCUUGGCCACCCGUUCCUUGGUUUUCUUUGCUUCUACAGAUUCAGAACCCAAACGCCCUUAUGACAUCUCAUUCAUUUGGCACAACUUCAAAUUGCUUAGAGUCUUGGAUUUUGAAUGCUUCAAUUUGGGUAUUUCAUUUCCCGUAGAAAUUGGAAUUCUGGUACAAUUGAGAUAUUUAGCAGUUGGAGGCUAUUUGAAGUCCAUUCCACAGUCGAUAGCCAACCUCAGGAAACUGAAAACUCUUAUUGUGAAGGGAUUAAGUGGUAAGAUCACCUUACCAAAUACUAUCUGGCGCAUCACAAGUUUAAGGCAUCUUCAUGUGAGUGUCCACGUUGAUUUCGAUUCAGAUGCUGAAGAGCUUGGUGAUUGCUCCAUAUUAGAAAAUUUGAUCAGUUUUUCCCGCCCAUCUCUUUCUUGUGGUGAAGAUGCAGAGAGAAUUAUAAAGAGGAUUCCAAAUCUUUGCAAACUGAGUUGCAUAUUCUAUGAAUCACCAAAUUCUUCAACGAACUGCAAUCAGUUUCCGAGAUUGAACUGUCUAACUCAUUUGGAGUCACUGAAGAUAUUCUACUGUGGAAGCCCUCUAAACAAUGGCGAGUUCAGCCUCCCUUUGAAUCUAAAGAAAUUGACUUUAUCAGACUUUCGCCUUCCAUGGAGUCAUAUAUCCACAAUUGGGAGACUACCAAACCUGGAAGUCCUCAAGUUACUUUCUGGUGCCUUUGUGGGGAAACUAUGGAAAGUGGAAGAAAAGUUUCAGAAUCUCAAGUUCUUGAGCUUAGACAGUCUGAACAUUGCUCAAUGGAAUGCCUCUUGUGAUGAUUUUCCCAAGCUUGAAAGACUCAUCUUACAAAAUUGCAAAGACCUUGAAGAGAUUCCUGCAGAGUUUGUAAACAUAUACACAUUGGAGAUGAUUGAAGUACAUUGGUGCAGUGAAUUGGCCGAAAAAUCAGCAAUUAAGAUUGGAGAAGAAACUGAAGAAAUCAAAGUCCUUAUCAGGAGUUCAAAUUUGAGUUCAUGAGCACGAUUUGGAUCACGUUACUUGUACUUCCAGCAACUUAUAUUCUGGGGAAUUGCUGCUCAAAGGAAUGGAGGUUCAGGUCUACAACUUGAAGACCACUCAGCUGGAACUUUGGAGGGUCUCGUUCACCAUAAGCAAGAAGUUGUUGCCAAGCUUUGCCUCACAUUGGAACCUUCUAAUUUUGUAUUCUAGAUUAUGUUUUUGAACUAAUGUAGCAAUCUGACUCUGAAUUUUAUGUUGAAUUCAUGAUGAACUGAUGAAGCAGGGAGCCUCUAGAUGCAUUAUCAAUGCUUGUUUGAUGAAAUUGGAAUGCAAUUGCUCAUCAUCGAAUAUUGAGGAAUUUGUUGGCAUGUUUGGUGGAUUUUUUUGGAUUGGACAAUGUGUAUUGGGACCAAUGGCCUUGAAAUCCUUACUUAAUACAUAAGAAGCACUUUCCGUUUCUACA